AUGCGUCUCACAAUUAUUUCCCUCCUCCUAUCCUCAACCCUCGCCCUGGGCAACACUCUCAACGUAACUGUCUUAGGCGCGCAACACAAUCGCUCCACCCUGGAAUGUUGGGCCCUUGAUUCGGGAUUCAAACCCUCUUCAGAAGCCGGAACCGCCGGCACGAAGUCACUAGACCUCGGCGAACUCGGAGGUGACUCCCAGUACACCAUUCUACCCGCAGGUUUCAACGGCGGAAGACACAAUGCGCCCGCAUUGCAAUGGGUGAUCUUCCUUUCCGGCUUGGCACAUAUCACUCUUCCCAACUCUACAGCCGAGGCUUGGGUCUCCGGUGGGAAAAACGGUGCCAUUCUGGCGCUGGAUACCUCUGAUGUUAGUGCCCUUGGUCACUACACAACGUAUCCAUCGAGGGAGCAGACGAUUGCCUUGGAGAUUCCACUAGGGGAGGGCGGUGUCCCUGGACAUUCAGUUUUGCAUGUUGGUGCUUGUCGGGGGGAGGAGUUGCUUGCUUAG